AUGGACAACGAAAAAGGCGCACGCGAUAAGCCAUUUCCUGACGUCGACGUUGUCUCCCAUGUGUCUGACACGUCUGGACCCCGCGAUCAGACCCAUAGGUCGCUCAAGAGUCGGCAUAUUCAGCUCAUUGGCAUCGGCGGAACCAUUGGAACUGCGUUGUUCGUGCAAAUUGGCUCCAGUCUGACUAGAGGUGGUCCUGGAAGCCUAUUCCUUGCUUUCACGAUAUGGUCAACAUUCAUUCUUGCCGUCAAUAACUGCCUCUCUGAAAUGGUUACAUGGAUCCCAAUCGCCUCUCCAUUUGUUCGUUUUGCUGAUAGAUUCGUCGAUCCUGCUCUUGGCUUUUGCGCGGGCGUCAACUUCUUCAUAUUUGAGGCCGCUCUCGUUCCGUUCGAAGUUGUGGCCUUCAAUCUUGUCCUCCAAUUUUGGACAGAUAAGAUCCCGAUAUCUGCAGUGAUUGCGUUUGUUCUAUUAUGCUACGCUUUUCUCAACCUUUUUGCUGUGGGAUGGUAUGGAGAGACGGAAUUUUACCUUUCCAUCGGGAAAGUCAUCCUUGCUGUGGGCUUGAUGCUUUUCACAUUUUUUACAAUGGUUGGGGGGAACCCGCUACACGACACUUAUGGCUUCCGCAACUGGAAUCCGUCUAAGGUCCCAGGUGCCCCCUUUGCUGAACAUAUCAAAACUGGCGACCUCGGGCGCUUCCUCGGCUUCCUGAGUUGUUUGAUUCAAGCAUCCUUUACAAUCGCUGGACCGGAUUAUGUUUCGAUGACGGCUGGCGAAGCAGAGUUCCCGCGACGCACACUUCCACGUGCAUUCAAAGCCGUGUUCGUCCGUCUUACUGCUUUUUUCGUCCUCGGUUCUCUCUGUGUUGGUAUCGUUGUGCCAUACAACGACGAAAAUCUUCUCAAAGCGCUAUCUGACGCACGACCGGGUGCUGGCUCGUCACCCUACGUUAUUGCCAUGGAGCGCAUGAAAAUUCCCAUCCUCCCGCAUAUCGUGAACGCACUCAUCAUGACCUCCAUCUUCUCCGCCGGAAACAGCUACGUGUACUGCGCCAGUCGGACGCUUUUCGGUCUUGCGCUGCAAGGCAAGAUGCCGAGAUUCCUUGCCAUCUGUACUAAACGCGGAGUUCCCAUCUACAGCGUCCUCGUAACGCUCGUUAUCGCCCUCUUAUCUUUCUUGCAGGUGUCAAAUAACGCGUCGGUCGUGUUGCAGUGGUUUGUCAACCUCGUAACUGCUUCCCAGCUCCUCAACUACGCCAUCAUCUCGUUUUCAUACCUGAAAUUCUACUACGCCAUGAAGGCCCAGGGUAUCCCAAGAGAUUAUUUGCCCCACAAAUCAUUCUGGCAACCUUUCUGCGGGCAAAUAUUAUGCUUUUGUUGGAACCUUCGUGAUGGCAUUUGUUGGGGGUUGGACAGUCUUCCUGCCAGGGAAUUGGGAUGUGCCAACCUUCCUAUUCUCCUACGCGUCACUUGGUGUAGCACCAGUGCUUUUCAUCAGCUGGAAAGUCAUCCGUCGCUCGUCCUCAAACGAAUGGUUUUCCAGUGGCAGCGGUCAGAAGACGUGACAUUCUUCCACAAAGAGCGGGAGGAAAUCGACUUCUACGAAGAGUCGAGUAAAGAACCGGAGAAAUCAAGUGGAUGGAUCGGUACAACGCGCGACUUUUUAUUUGGAUAG